AUGGACACUCCCAGGGGCUCCCUCGUCCCCCGGGAUGUGGAGAGUGCGAAGGAAAUGCAGCUGCGGGUGACUCCGUCGGAGAUGAAGUUUCAGGACACGCUGGCUGGGAAGGUGUACCGCCUUCCAGUUACUAUCCACAAUCUUGGCCGUACCAACCAGAAGAUCCGGUUUCUGGAGCCAGGGAAGCCUCAGUUCAAACUGAUUUUGAACAAUCUGGAUAAAGAACUUGCUUCUGGACUUCAGAUGACAGCUAUGGUGGAAUAUCAUCCUGAUAAAGAUGAAGACAUUUCUGACCAACUAUUUAUUUUAAUAGGAAAUAAAGCAAUAGAGAUCCCUCUCAUUGGGUUGAUUCCAGCAUGUCAAUUGGAGAUUGAGCCAGAAGUUAAUUUUGGCAUUUUGGUUGCCAAUAGUAAAGUAUAUUGUAAAGAGAUUCGUAUCAUUAACCGUGGCAAGGUUCCAGGUAUGUUUACAACAGAAUACCAGGGCCAAUUACCCAUUGUCAUUUUUCCAACUAAUGGUAUUGUGGAGCCCAAGUCAUCAGUGAUUAUUAAAGUGGAUUUCUGUGCAGACCAGCCCAGAGUUGUAAAUGAAGUGGCAAAAGUACGUUUGCAAGGUCAUCCAGAUAUAUUCUUGAAUAUCAAAGUUCAUGUGGUUGAGCAGAUUAUUGAAUUGUUAAACAUUAGCGAUAAUCAAAAGCUGGAAUGCAUACACUUUGGUUUUGCUUUCUUUGGAACAUCAAAGAUUGAACAUGCACUUCUAUACAAUAAUAGCCCAGAACCGAUAAAUUGGGUGGCCAUAAUGCAAAAUGAUACAGUUGGAGAAGAAUUGGGUACAAAUAUUCACCAAAGAACAGAUGUUGCUGUAAAUAAUCUCACCUACUUAAGAAAAAUAAAGAACAUAGAUAUUACCAAUUUUAUCUCCUGUGUUCCUAAUGAAGGAAGGUUACUACCUUAUCAAAAGAUUACCAUUACAUUUUGUUUCAGUCCAAAGCUAAUUGCUGAUAGUAAAAAGGAUAAUGAUCCCUUACACAGGCAGGACUAUGCUCUCUUUUUGAGAUUUGACUCUGUAGGAAGUAAAGACGGAUUUUUGAGAGACGAUAACAGUAAAACCAUCACAAGUGAUCGGUUUCAGAAAUUGGAAUUAGCACUGACAGGCUCAGGACUUCCUGUCAUAUUACAGUUUGAUACAGGAAGAGUCCUUAAUUUUGCACCGUGUCUCAUUGGUGAACAGUCAGAUAUUGCGUGUGUUAUGCAAAAUCCAUCCAAAUUACUUCCUGUGAUGUACCGCUUUAAAAAAACUGCACAUUUUAAAGUUGAUCCUGAAAAGGGCAAGGUUGAUGAAGGAUGCAUGCAGAAUGUGGUGUGUUCAUUCAUUCCACAUCAAGUUGGAGUCUUUAAAGUGAAGCAAUUCAUAGAGAUUAUUGGCCCAGUGGCAGAUGAAAAUUUUCGGUCUUUAUCGCUGAAACCUUUUCAUCAAAUACAUUUAGUUUUCAACAGUGUCUGCAAACCUUCUGCCAAGAAAGUUACGAUGAAAAUUAAUCCUGGUAUAUCCCCUUUCGUCUGUAAUCCUACGGGACAGUUUGUGGUCAAAGAUUUGGCAAAAUAUGAGGAAUACGCACCUGUUGCAAUGCUUCAGUCAGCCAUGACAACCAUUCACAAUCAGUGCUCAAAUAAAGAGGCAGUGAAGGAUGCGCUGAUAGCUUUUCCCAAUGACCGAGCUGCAAGUAUUAGGCCUGGACACCCGGAUAAACAUUUCAGGACGAUUUUCACAAAUAUUCCAAGAUAUAACUAUGUGGAUCCUGAUUUUGCAUAUACUAAUUCUGAAAAAUUAAAAAUGAAAGCACAUGAAGAUUGUUAUGCAAGAUACAUUAAAGAUUUAAGAAAUGCGCGCCUGCAGAGAAAAAAAGCAGAGAUGUAAGGCAAAUAUGCAUAUGACGAUAAAGACAUAGGAUUACAGCCAGCAUCAGGUCUAAAGUCACCCUCGCUCUCAGAAUCGGAAGUAGAAGAAAACCUAUUUUCAGUAGGAUGUAAGAUCAAUCCUUACCAACUGCUAAGUACCAGGAAUAUGGAAUCCAAGGAGGCAAGGGCUCUGGGAAGAAAGGUUCUCAAAGGACUUAAAUCGAACCCAUCUACACCUCAUGAAAAACAUGAUUGCAGCUUAAUUUUGACACCAAAACAGAUUCAUCAAGUAAUUGUUGGGCCCUCUGUUCUUAAUUUUGGUGAUAUUUGUGUGAACUCUACAAAUACUCAACCAUUACAUGUCAUUAAUAUGCUACCUAAGUAUAUUUGGAUCCGGUUAAAUAUUAAUUUGAAAGAGCUUCGAAAAACCAACCAAUUUUCAUAUGUGAUUCCACCUACAGCCAGUACUUACAUUUCAAUUGUAUUUCAAUCUCCCAACGCUGGAAAAUUUUGGAAGUCUUUCACCUUUACAGUGAACAAGAUACCUGGUGGGCACAUCCUAGUGAUGGCGGCUGUCAUGCCAGUAAGACUUGAGCUGUCUUCCAAUGAACUAGUACUGAAACCUCAUGGCUUCUUGAUGAAAACAUGUUUUAGGGAGACAGUUAGGUUGAAUAAUCAUCAGAAUUAUUUUGUCCACUUUGAAUGGCAGCCAGUAAACACAAGCAGAGGGAUAGCAUUUUCCAUUCGUCCAAUUCGAGGCACUGUUGAACCAUACUCCUCAUUGGAAUGUGAAGUGACAUGGCAGCCAGGUUUCAGUUAUCCAGAAAGGGGAGAAUUUAUUCUUCAUGUUGAUGAAGGAAACACACUGACACUAAAAUGUGUUGCACGACUUGGUCACACCAAGGUCUUAUUUUUGGAGCCAAAGAUACUCUUCAAUAAUAGCCCUCAAGGUUUAACAACAUGGAAGAAAGUCGUACUUCACAAUGUAGGACAAAACCAUGCUUAUUUCAAGAUUUGUGACCAGAGUCUUUUGUCUACCAUUAAUAUCAUUCCAUCAGAAGGAAUAAUUCCAUUUGGGGGGCUAACUGUGCUCAAUAUCUCCUGUACACCUACCAUGGCGGAAAAAUUUGAAACAAAAGCAAAGGUUAUUAUUCACCGUGCAAAUGACAUACACCUUAAGAUUGGUGGAACUGUUGAAAUUGCUGAUAUUGAAAUCAUUCCGGAUGUAUUUAUCUUCAGUGGCACCUAUGUUGGCGCUAUCCAGGUUAUCCCAUUUUUAAUAAAAAAUAAAGGUGUAACACGUGCCAGAGUGGAAUUUAAUCUAGAAGACUUCGAAUAUUUUUCAAUGGAACUUAAAGACAAAUCAAAGGAAUUCACAGACUCUGCAUUUCCUGACAUAUAUUUUUUUGAGUUAGAGGAAAAAACAUCUCUGGAAUGUGGCCUAGUGUUUUCUCCUAAAGAAGUGGCAGCAUACGAAUUUAGCUUUCAAGUUCGAAUUAAUUUCUUUGAGGCUUCAGAACUUUACACUCAACGUCAUUCGUCGAAAUCUGCUGUGACUCCAAAGGCAACACCACUUAUUCGACCAUGUUAUGUUCAAGCUACUGUAUUGCAAGCACCGUUGAAUUUAUCCAGCACUGAUUUUACAUUUGUAAUUCCAUCAUAUGCUAUGAAUCCUAAUAAGAAGGUCACAGUAACUCAGAAUCUUGUCUUAUUUAAUACUUCAACAAAAGAUGUGCAGUGGACUUUUGAUAUUAGUAAUGCUGGCAAACUUUUCAAAGAUGGCAUAUUUAAGCUUGGUGUACUGAGUGGGAUUCUACAACCAUAUACAGAAUGUAAUGUUUCCAUAACUUUCUGUCCACAUCACCAUAGAAAAUACACAGCUAAUAUUCCUAUGCAUUUAAAUAAUUAUUCAAUUCGCUAUCAAACAUUACAUCUGGUUGGAGAGAUAACAUCACCCAAGUUAUCGUUUGACCCUCCAUUCAUGUUUUUCACCCCUGUUCCUUUGGAUGUAACAACUAUGAUGACUAUCAACAUUUUACCUCAAAAUUAUAUCAGAGAUGCAAUUUUAAAUGUUGAGAUUCCCCCAGCAAGACUUCUUGAUAUUGAUGAGGCGGGUCACCCUCUUUCUGUGGAGUUUCCAAAAGGCAGAGCCAUCAUAGGCUCUCUCACCGGAGUCAACACUGAACUCACCUGCUGCUUCAGCUUCAAAUCAUCUAAACCUGUGUCAUUUUUCACACAUGUUCUUUUCUAUGAUAACAGAGAUAACCGGUUUUUACUUCCAGUUACUGGAACAGCAGAAAACUGCAUGCUUACUACUUACCUAUAUAUGGCAGUUCAUCGUGAUAUGCAGGACAUUAUUGUAAGGAAUGAUAAGGAUGACAGUCCUGUGAAGGCUACAGACAAUGUUUCACUUCCCUCUCGAGAAGCUGAAUUGCCUUCUCGUGCUCCUCCUAAAUGUAAAGAUGCUGAGUCUGCAAAGAAAUUAUUUGUUGGAAUGGAAAUAAUACCUGAAAAGUUGAAUUCCAGCAAAUGUAAAACGUCAAAGAAAAAAGGCGGUAGACUAAUGGAAAAAGAGAAAAAUCUGCAUUUUUUUCCUGAAGAAGGAACAAAGGCAUAUGACUUCUUUCAGAAGGUUGUAAAUGCAGCUGAGACCUGGUUCAGUCUCUUCGGCUGGCCGGAAGGACCCCAUUUUCUUUCCAUUCCAAAGACUAUAAGAAGGGAUGUGUAUAAAAUGCAAGCCUGCUCAUCAGCCUCAUUAUCCAAAAGAAUUUUACGACAGAAUGACUUUUUAAGAUAUAAUAGAACCAUUUAUGAUGUGGUACGCCACUUGAGUGGAAAAAUGCCUGAUGGAAUUAAUUCAAGUCAGUCGUUACCUGUGGAUUUCACUGAAAGAGUGAUUCAACUUCAUAUGCAACAUUCUUCACUUCUUGACUUUCUCAAUGCUCAAGGAGCAUGUAUUCCUCAUGUACUGCCAGAAUUUCUGUUUGAACCAGAAGAUUAUAAGAAGUGGAUUAAAAUUACAUCUUCCACUAAUACCUUGCCUGUGUGUUCCUCUCUACCUAAGGAAAAGCAUUCUAUCGUUAUAGAUAUGACUAAGUUUGAAGCCUGGAGUCAACGGGCAUGGACAGAUGUAUUCCUUCAGAUGUAUAAGGUUCUGGUACUAUCCCGGAUUGUACCACAUUCCAGAAAGAAUUUGCCCUCUGUAUAUGAGCAAAAUUCACCAAAAGUUAAUCCUCCUUUUGCAUCCAGCAACAUAUAUUCUAAUUCUGAAAGGAUUCUGCUUAUUUGGAUGAACACAAAUUAUGAGAAUACCCGACAUAUUAUAUGGAAAAAUGGUCUGAAAGGUACUAUUCCCUCUGAGAGAUGGAUAGUAAAUUUUGACAAAGACCUUUUAGAUGGCCUUGUUUUUGCCACACAGUUGGGAGCCUAUUGCCCAUUUUUGAUUGAGUCUCAUUUUGUACAUAUGUAUACAAAACCAAAAAGUCCUGAACAGUAUUUUCACAAUUGCCUGAUUAUUGUGAAUGUUCUUCGUGAAAUUGGCUUUAGCAUGGGCAUACAGGCCUCUGACAUCUGUGACCCUAAUCCAAUCUUGAUGCUCAUGCUUUGUGUCUACAUGUAUGAAAGACUCCCUACAUAUCUCCCCAAGGAGACGGUGACCUUUCAAUGUACUCUACAUGACACUGUAACAAGACAGAUUCUGCUGAAAAAUUCAAGCUCAAAAAGCUUAGAGUAUAAAGCUACAAUUAUUGGAAGAGAUGCUGGUGAAUUCUCCCUCUCCCAACCGGGGAAUAUUGUGACACUUCCUCCAAAAAACGAAAUCAAUAUCACUCUGAAAUUCACCAGUCACUUCCUCCAUCCUGCCGAAGCUUCACUGCUAUUAAUUUCAAAACCUAAGAAUGCAACAGGAGGCACUACAAUGAUUUUUGCUCUUAAGGGUAAAGUCCACAAUUUUAAAGCCAUUGAAAUUAUAAAAUGCAAAUCUCCAUGUUAUAAAUGGAAACAAGUCACUGUGAAGGUUAAAAAUACCUUUCACACGGCUGGAGAUUUCAGAGUCAUUUUGGUGGAAUCCUCAACAUUUAUCUCUUUGACAUCCCAAUUAAUUGCAUCUGGACAAUACACUAAACAUGAUCCAACACAAAGUAGCAAGGGAAAUGAUACUGCCGAGGACCCUGCUUUUGCCCCCAAAGCCUUAAAAACCUCAAUUAAGUCCACCUUCAUCAGAGAGUUCUUUUGCACUACACGUACUCUUCACCUGGAAAUGAAAAAGACUUCAAAUCUGGAGCUCUUCUUUCUUCCCUUUGACAUGCUAACACGCUACUGUAUCAUUGUCCUUAGCAACAAACAGAUUGGAGAAUUAAUAUACAUUGCAGAAGGAAAAGGUAUGAUCCCUUUGCCUUCUGGAUUCCUUCCAGUAAAUUCUUCAACUUCACACGACUACAGCAGUUCUCCAGAAGAAGUGUUUAAUGAAGAAGAGCCAGUUCUGUAUUUGAAAUGCAAGCCCCGUCACAUCUUGGAUGUGGACCUUAUAUUGCCACUGACUAAUGAAGCCAAGGAAAAGGCUUUGGCUUUUGCAGCACAGCAACAGAUGUCGGAGUUAGAGUAUCGGCGAAGGCUGAUCACAGGCACCCUGGAGAGCAGUAGUAUCCGCGUGGCGAUCGCCCUCCUGGGACUGACCAGGGUCGAGACUUGUACGCUCUUUAAUAUCUCAAAGUUAAAGACGCCUAAGUCCAUUUUAUACACAACAGAACUGAGCCUUCCAGAAUAUUUUUAUAUCCCCAACGAAAUCUACAUUCCUCAGAAGCCAGUAAAUAAAGCUAAAGGACUUAAACCUCCAAAUAAAACAGUUCCAGAUGGAUGUUUUUCAGUUCCUUUGAAAUUUGUUCCUCUCACUCCUGGACGCUACCCUUGUAAAAUUUUGUUGACAUCAAGGUACGAUGUGCGUCUAUAUUACAUUGAGGGUGUGGUGGAUCAUGAAUGUCCAGAGGCCAGAUUUAAAUUUGAAACACCAGCAUUUGGAACUCUUACCCAGAAUAUUCCAAUAAAUAAUAAAACAAAGAACAAAUGGAAAUGUCAAGUUACCAUAGAAGGAGAAUAUUUUUUUGGACCUACUAUUGUAUCUGUCGAACCAGGUGAAACUGUGCUAUAUCCUCUCACAUUCAAACCUCUUUUGGAGUGUGAGAUUAUGGGCAAACUUAUUCUACAAAAUGAAAUAGAUGGUAUGGCACAUAUCUUUGAAAUGAAAGGGAUUGGCAAAAAGCCCGUGGCCUUGGAACACAUCAUUGUAAACUGUCAAGUAGGAAUGUUAGAAGAUAAAACCAUAAUGGUGCCCAAUCAUACAAAGACCAUGGUAACCUAUAAGGUAUCUUCAGAUCUUCCGAUAGUAUGGGGAGAUCCACACAUCACCAUAGACCCUGAUAGUGUAUUUCCAUACAUUCUACACAUAAAUCCUCGGAAACGUGGCAUAUUCAAAGGUAAAAUUUUAUUUUCCAUUAAAAGUGGACAAGAUGAUGAUUCUGAGAAAGACUUGGAUCAAAAUGAAGAUGAAGAUGAAGAUCAAGAUAUAGUGCCCUUCUUUCAGAAAUCAUUAUCAGAACUAUCCUACAAGAUUCAUGAGAAAGACUUAGAUGAUGAUAGUAAUUUACAAGUCUGGUAUUAUCUUGAGAUCCAUAUCCAUCCUGGGAAACCUGUAGAUGUUAUCGAAAUGAAAUGUAUCGCUAUGGAGAGCACUUGCUUUGAAAUACCUCUCUGUAAUUCAAAAGAGAAAAUUCUUCAUGUAGAAGUGGAAUUAUCAAAUCCUGCCCUUAGUGGACUCAAGGAGUUUGAGCUACAUCCACAAGAAUGUAUUGACUAUGCUGUCUGUUAUUCUCCAGCAAGUACAGGCUGUAGAGAUGAAAGCGUUGUUUUUCAGCCUGAUAAAGCUCUAGAAUACUGGUAUUUACUGAAAUUUACUGUUGAAUUGCCAAAAACAACCACAAUGCCAGAAAUACAUUGUGACCUUGGAAAAUAUUUCACUCAGAUGAUCCCUUUAGUUAAUCCUACACAUGAAACCUUAGAAUUGCAAGUAAAGAACAGUAAUCCUGAUAAUUUUGUCUUGGAUACUAACAAAUCAUCACUGAACUUAUCUCCUCAUUGCACGAAUAAUGUACCUGUUCACUUUCAUCCUUCUGCUCUUGGAAGAAGUGGUCACCAAGCUUCUAUUGUUUUCCACUGUGAUCAGUUUAAAGAAUGGAGAUUCCUCCUCUCUGGAGUAGGACUACUUCCCCAGCCUCUAGAAAUAGAAAGAACAACCACAUAUGUUCAUCUUCAAGCAUUUAUUGUUAUAGCUUUCAAAAAUCCCACCAAGGAAGAUGUUUUACUCAAUAUUAUACUAACGAAUGAACAAAAGCCCAAGAAUCUCACCCUUGGCAUUUGCUGUGAUAGCUUCCUCAUUGAAACACCUGCCUUCAAGCUUAAUCUGAGACACACACAAGGAAUUGCAUUGCCUCCUAAAGGAAUUAUAAAUAUCCCAGUGAUGUUUGUACCCAAAAUUAUGAGAUUACAGAAAACAAUGGUCGUUAUUCAAAUGAUGAGAGCAAAUGGAAAAAGUUGGCCUAUUGACAAUUUUGAUGAAUUGAACACAGAAACAAAAAGAACUAUGGGAAUAGACAGUGGAGAAAUACAAACAAUACAAUGGAUAUACCCCAUUCUUGGACUCCCACAGGCAAAACAUGCUAAAUUCCCUCCAGUUGUUAUAAAAUGUCAGUCCAAGAAGCGGGUAGAAGAGGAGCUGGAUGUUAUACUGACUGGUGAUUUUUUGGGAGAAAAUCCUAUCUUAAAUGUAUCAGAUUUUAUAGUAACUCCAAGAAGACAUUCAUAUGCAUCUUAUGAAGAUAUCGAUGGUAUACCUAUAAAACGUGAAUUUGAAUAUGAAAUUAUAUUUGAAUCUGAAGUUAUGAGGUCUAACUUGCAAUCCACUGUGGCUUUAUAUUUGAUGAAGAAAUCUUAUAAUAUCCGGGCUGAAAUGAUAACAUUGGCUUUCAACCUGAUAUUUUCACCAAAGAAACCAUUAAGGUCUGAAAUUACACUGAAAAUAGAGUGUAUAACAGAUGGGAUCUGGCAGUUUCCCAUAAUACUGAUUGCUACUGAACCUGAUGUAGAUGAUGUCAUUAAUAUUGAAGGGGCUGGUUUAUAUAAGGAAUCUGUUGUUGACUUCACGCUGACCAGUAGGAAAAGAUAUGCUGAGCCAUUCACUGCAUACUUCCUAUCCGGCAGUGAUCCCGAGUUUUUUGUAAAACCUCAGUCUGGAGAACUUGCUUCUUUUGACAGUGAUGGAACUGUCAUUAUCGUGGGUUUUAAACCUCGAAUGUAUGGUAAGAAAUACAAAGCAAGAUUAGUAAUAGAGACAGAGGAAACGUACAGUUUGUAUGCUGUCAAUGGAUUACCUCAAGUAACCAAGUCACCCAAGGAUGUAGAAGCCAAAAUUGACACUACUAACAAAAUGUUGAACAGCAAGCCGGUUCCUCAGCGCAAUUUUGUCUGUGAAAAUAUUAACCUCGUAAAGACAGGAGUGCCCUCUACCAUCAAGUGUGCUCCUUUGAUGUUGAAGAAUAAAUAAAAGUUUUUUCCAAAAUAUUUCUUGAUCUUGAGUAGAAUUGAAUAUAAUUUUGUGAUUGUAAUUGCAUCUUCUGGAAUAUUUGUGAGGAAUAAUAUUUCAAUUAUAAUAGACCUUAUAUGUUUUAUAUUUUAAAUGCUAAAUUUAUUCUCUGAAUAUGUUAUACCUAAUUUCUGAGUUAUGUGUGUGUUUUAAAAUGGACUGGGUACAAAUGUUGGGAUUGGUUCACUUUUAAAGUACAGGAGUACGUUUAUAAUAAAACUGAAAAAUGUGAUUUCAAUGACAA